UCCACCUUCAGGCCUUUCCAGGUACUUAAUCCUGCAGUCUGCCCUCUCCACCACUACACCCCGCCCUAGACCCCGACAUCAGAUAACAUGUCGCAGCUCCUCAAGAAGUCCGUAAAGCUCGCGCUCGUGCAAUUGGCCAGCACAUCUGACAAGGCACAUAACCUGUCGCACGCGCGCACCAAAGUCCUCGAAGCCACCAAGCAAGGCGCCAACAUCGUCGUGCUCCCAGAGUGCUUCAACUCGCCCUACGGCACCAAAUACUUCUCGCAGUACGCCGAGACGCUCCUCCCGUCCCCACCCACCAAAGAGCAAUCACCAAGCUUCCACGCGCUCUCCGCGCUCGCAAAGGAAGCCGGCGUCUACCUCGUCGGCGGCAGCAUACCAGAGCGCGUCGCCUCCCCCUCUUCCAGCGGGAGCGGAAAACCCUCAGAUGAGACCCUCUACAACACCAGCCUGACCUUCAGCCCCACGGGCGAACUCCUCGCCACGCACCGCAAAGUGCACCUCUUCGACAUCGACAUACCCGGCAAGAUCACCUUCAAAGAAUCCGAGGUGCUGACCCCGGGCAACAAAAUCACAAUCGUCGACCUCCCCGAGUACGGCAAGAUCGCCAUCGCGAUAUGCUACGACAUCCGGUUCCCCGAGCUCGCGACCAUCGCGGCGCGGAAAGGCGCCUUCCUCCUGCUCUACCCGGGCGCGUUCAACCUCACGACGGGGGCGCUGCACUGGGAGCUACUUGCGCGCGGAAGGGCGAUCGAUAAUCAGGUGUAUGUGGGGUUGUGUAGUCCCGCGAGGGAUAUGGGUGCGGAUUAUAAUGCUUGGGGCCAUAGCUUGGUGGUGGAUCCGAAUGCAGAGGUGCUGGAGCAGUUGGAUGAUAAGGAGGGGAUUGUGGUGAGCGAGUUGAAGGCGGGCAGGAUCGAGGAGGUCAGGAAGGGGAUUCCAGUCGUGACGCAGAGAAGGUUCGAUGUUUAUCCGGAUGUUAGUAAGGGGGGAAGGUUUGAGGAGUAGAAGAGGUAGAGCAAGAAAAGGUUACGCUUGGACUUAAGGAAAUAGAAGUACGAGUAAUAUAUUAGAUGAAACUUCGCGUGUGUUCAGGCUUUAUGAUUGUGUGGUUGAUAUGGGUCAAAAAGAUUUUGAAUAUGAUUUUCCCGAUAUAGAUAU